AUGAGUAUGGGAAAGAAAAGUGGGAAGAAAGCCUCUAUGGCUUUUUCAUUGUUUACUGCUAGUGCUCUACUAGUUGUGAUCAUUGCUAUGAGCUUUCCACCUCUGACAAAUGCUGCUUACAAGUCUCUAGGACCAGGAAAAAUUAAGCCUAGAUCUCCCCCAACACCACCAAAGAAGCCAGUUUAUAUGCCUCCAACACCACCCAAGAAGCCAAUUUAUGUGCCUAAACCACCCAAGAAGGCAACACCACCACCACCAAAGAAGCCGGGGAAGCCAGUAAAACCACCACCGCCGUACAUGCCAGAACAUGUGCAAUCAACGGAAUCUAUCCCUGAUAGAAUUCCACUGGUACCAAUAAUAAGAAAACUUCCACCAUUAGUAAGAAAACUUCCACCAUUUAAGAAACCACCAACGUUUCCAAAACCACCGGUGAAGAAAUUUCCACCGAUAUUCAAGAAGUCUCCACCUCCAUCACCAAAGAUGAAGAAGAAGUUCCCACCACCACCACCAAAGAAGAAAUCUCCACCACUUUACUAA